AUGAGUUCGCAACAUUUUAUUCCUCCUCAGAACUAUGGUAUGAUAGAAGAAGACCUGUACAGGUCAGGCCAACCGAAUGAGUUGAAUUUUCCUUUUUUGGAGAAGCUUGGACUGAAAACUGUCGUAUGGCUUGCACCGGAAGAGCCGAACGAGAGAUUUCUGAAUUUUAUUUACGACCAAGAGAUUCAAGCUCAAUAUCUCGGCGUUAUUUCUUCAGUGAAUGCCUGGGAUCCGGUCACAGAGGAAGUCGUCUUGGAAGCGCUAGAGUUGAUUUUAGAUCCCCGCAAUCAUCCAAUGAUCGUAAUGUGCAAUCUUGGAACGAUUGUUGGCUGUUUACGCAAAUUGCAACGAUGGAAUCUAACUUCGAUAUUUGAAGAGUAUCGUCGUUACGCCGGACCCAAAGUCCGACUGUUAAAUGAACAAUUUAUUGAAUUGUUCGAUACCGAUUUAGUUCGUUUACCUGUCAAUAGACCAAAGUGGAUUUGA